UCACAAUAUUCAAGUAAAUUCCACGUGUGUAGAAGGCACACGUGCGUGCUCAUUCGGAGAUAACUUCUGUCAUCUCCGCCUCUCCUCCUCCAUUCCUUUGGAACCCGCUACCCUUCAUCUCUCUAAGAAGAACAAUGGCAGCUACGGCUACUGCUAUUAGCGUCAAUCUAAUGGCCUCUUUCAGAGGCCUUUCUCUGUCUUCAAGCUCUUCUUCUUCCUUUUUCAAGGGCGAUUCGGGGUCAUUCAAUGUGUCCUCUACCAGAAACUCCGUUUCCUUGCCUUUAAAGGCUCCGUUUCCUCUGACAAUCGAAAUGGCUCACAAGAAGGGAGCUGGAAGUACUAAGAACGGGCGUGAUUCGAGAGGCCAACGCCUUGGUGUUAAAAUUUUCGGUGAUCAGGUGGCGAAACCCGGCGCUAUUAUCGUCCGGCAGCGUGGCACCAAGUUUCAUCCAGGGAAGAACGUGGGGAUUGGCAAGGAUCACACUAUUUUCUCUUUGAUGGAUGGACUUGUAAAAUUUGAGAAGUAUGGACCUGACAAGAAGAAGGUGAGUGUUUAUCCACGAGAAGUUCAGCCUGAGAACCCCAACAGCUAUCGUGCAAGGAAGAGAGAAUACUUUAGGUUGCAGCGUGAGCGUAAGAAGGCAAGAAAAGAAGGCAUUGUUCCUGAACCACAGCUCGUACUUGCUUCUGAUCUUGAUGCGGCUGAUAACAGCUCUAAUUGUUGAUUCAGAAAGCAUUCUUAUUUUUAGGAUACUUUUGCACUGUCAAGCCAUGCAAAUAUUGUUACUAGAUUUUUUUGUCUUUUUUAAUGCAUCUUGAUCUUAUGUGUUCAUAAUGUGCAAAAACUAAAUUCUUUUUUUGUAUACUUUGACCCAAUCUACAUUUUGCUGAGCAAUUUCAGUGUUCAUCAUUUGAAUUUA